UAAAAUGGCGGAAGUAAAGUUAAUGAAAACAUUCAGAUGUGUCAUUUAAUGUUUGUUGAUAUAAAUGUUUAGUAAUAAUUACAUGAAUGUGUUUUUAUAAAUGACAUUUUUGCUGCGUUAUAAAGGAAACUGUAUUGAUAACUGUAUCGGUGUGUCAUAGUGCUCAUACCUGUCUUGUUCGAUAUUGACGUCCCUAUAAAGUAAUACACGUUGAACUUUACAUGCGAUGAUAAAACCGAACUAAACAUAAAACCUGCAAUGGCAGACAAAAAGGACAAGCGAAAUAGCUUUCUGUCUUUCAAGAGUAAGCCUAAAGACAAGAAAGACAAGAAACCCACGGCCACUCUCCCAGCAGGUCAACGUUUGCCUUCCUUCAAUGAGGAGUCCUAUGGCCAAAACAAUGGCCCUACAGCGCAAUUCAUUAUUUCUGGAAUGUCAGAGGAGGAGGUGCACGAAAAGUUUGAAAAGAUGCUGGAUGACAUGAACUUGACCAAUGAGAAGAAGGCUCCACUGAGGGACAGGGAUUUGAAAUUCAAACGCACAAUGCUGGAAAUGCACUACAAGGCCCCUGUGGGGGGAGAGCUGGAUACCCCGGCCAGUUUUGUGGCUGAGUUGAGGAAUGCCGAUCUCAAGGGAGAAAAGCGACUCAGAGUGCUGGAGUCCCUGAGGGUCUCCCUCACCAGCAACCCUGUCAGCUGGGUGCAAGAUUUCGGUGAGGCAGGACUGAAAGCCAUAUUACGCAAUCUAACCUACUGUUGUGAUUCAAAAGUAGAAAGAGGCAAGGUUGAAAGGAAAGCCACCUAUGAGUGUGUUCGCUGCCUGAAAGCGUACAUGAAUAAUUCGUUUGGCCUAAUGGAGAUUAUCAAGCAUGAGGAGGCCCUGACGAUCCUCUCACGCACCAUGGACCCCAUGGACAUCACCACCAUGCUAGAGGCAGUCAGGCUUCUAGCCGCCGUCUGCCUUGUGCCGCCUAAUGGACAUAAGAAAGCGCUGGAGGGAAUCACGACAUGUGGGGAGAUCCGUGGUCAGGAGCGGUUCGUGCCAAUUAUCAUGGGCCUGGGAAUGCGUGAUAACGAGCCUAUGCAGGUGGCCUGUAUACAGCUUGUAAACGCUCUUGUGUCCACGCCAGAUGACCUAGAUUUCAGAUGUCACCUUAGAAACGAGUUCAUGAGGACAGGGCUAAUUGAUCUGUUACCGACAUUGGACACACCUGGGGACAAUGAGCUGCAGACACAUCUCAGCAUCUUCCAUGAACACACGGACGAAGACUACGACGAGUUCUCACACAGAUACGAAAAUGCACGCAUCGAGUUUGAUGACCCAGAACAGUGUUUCCAGCUGAUCAACAACACAGUGCGGGACACGGUGGCCGGUCCCUACUUCCUGUCCAUACUGCAGCAUCUCCUGUGUGUCAGGGAUGACCUCUACGCCAGGCCCCAGUUCUACAAGCUGAUAGAGGAAUGUGUCACGCAAAUCGUUCUACAUCGGAAUGGUUUUGACCCAGAUUUUAGGAAACCUCGCUUUGAAAUUGACGUUAACUAUCUUCUUGACAAUUUGACUGAAAAGUCCAAAUUUGAAGACAAUGAGGUGUCAAUAGUGGAAAUCAACUCCAAACUAGAAACAGCAUUAACUGCUAAACAGGAGUCUGAAGCGAAAGUGGUGACCAUGGAAACAAAAAUAAAGACAUAUGAAGCUGAACUGGCCGCCUUGAAAGAAAAGAUGAAGGUUGAGCAGAAAAAUGCCUUGGAGGGGAAACUAGCUCAGGCGCAAGCACCCAAGACUGUUAACGUAGUAUGCCUGAAAUGUGAGGCAGCAAGUAAAAGUUUGUCUUCUGACGUGAUAAAGGACGGAGUAGGAAGUCAGAUAUCGUCUGUGAUAAACAAAGGCCCAGGUGGCCCUCCCCCUCCUCCCCCUCCUCCCCCACCCCCUGGGGGAGCACCACCCGCUCCCCCACCCCCUCCAUUCCCAGGAGGCCCUCCUCCUCCACCCCCACCCCCAGGCGGUCCUGGCAUACCCCGCCCUCCUCCUCCCCCAGGGGGCGGACCACCCCCUCCACCACCACCCCCAGGCAUGGGAGGACCCCCUGGCCCCCCUCCCCCUCCAGGAUUUGCCCCUCCCCCUGCCUUCGGAAUGUCUCCAGUGUCUAAAGGCCUCCCUCACGGUAUGAAGCCCAAGAAGAAGUAUGAAGUGAAACAGCCAAUGAAGAGAGCCAACUGGAAGAAGGUUGAAGCUAAGCAGCUGGACAAGAACUCCUUCUGGGUGGUGGCGAGAGAGGACAAGUUUGAGAGUGACGACAUUUUCCUGGAACUCCAGACAAACUUCUCCACUAAAGCAGCUCCUGUGAAUGUGACCAGUGAACAGAACCAAGACAAACCAGUCAAGAAGGGCAAAGAACUCAAAGUGCUGGAUCCAAAGUCAGGGCAAAAUCUGUCGAUCCUGCUUGGCUCUAUCAAGGUGCCAUACAAGGAGCUACACAGGCGUAUUAUAGAGAUGGACGAGGAGAACCUGACAGCAGGCAUGGUGGAGCAGCUGCUCAAGUACAUGCCCGACCAGGAGGCACUCAACAAGCUGGCCGGCCUGCAGGACCAGUAUGACAGCCUGGCCGAGCCGGAACAGUUCUGUGUGGUGAUAUCGUCCAUCAAGAAAGUGAUGCCUCGUCUCAAUGCCAUGCUGUUCAAGAUGAGAUUUGCAGAGAAUAUCAAUGACAUUAAACCAGACCUGGUGAACUCUCGAGAGGCGUGUGAGGAGGUCAAGUCGAGCAACAAAUUCCAGCGCAUGCUGGAGUUAAUACUGCUGGUCGGGAAUUACCUUAACACAGGCUCCCGCAACGAACAGUCCAUAGGUUUCGAUAUCAACUUCCUCGCAAAGCUUGGCAACACAAAAGCACAAGAUGGAAAAACUACCUUGCUACAUUUUUUAGCUAAUGUCACAGAAACAAAAUAUCCCGACAUUCUAAACUUCCACGAGGAGCUUUCACAUCUAGACAAGGCAUCAAGAGUGUCUGAUGAGAAUGUGAAGAAGAACAUUAAGGGGAUGGAGAAGCAGUUCAAACAGCUGGAGACUGACCUCAAGUCAAUCAAGAAGUCCAUAGAUGACAAGGACAGAUUCUCUGAUGUCAUGAACGCGUUCCUUGGAAGUGCGUCAGACCAGUUUGAGGUACUCACAACAAUGUACAACCAGCUAGAGACCAUGUUCCAGGACAUUGCUAAGUUUUACGCCUUCGAACCCAGCAAAUACUCCAUGGAAGAGUUCUUUACGGACAUCAAAACAUUCAAAGAUGGAUUUCUGCAAGCAGUACAAGACAACCGCAAGAUCCGUGAGACACAGGAGAAGAUCAGGAGAGCCAAGGAGGCGAAAGAGAAGGCUGAAAAAGAGAAGACGGCUCGACAGGCGCGACAUAAGGCAAUUGUAGACAUAACCACAGAUGAGAACCAGGAGGGAGUGAUGGAUAACCUGCUGGAGGCGCUCAAGACAGGCUCUGCCUUCAACGUGGGGCGCGAGAAACGGGACGGCAAACGUAGGACACCGCGGGCAGCUGGAGCUGAACGCCGCGCUCAACUGUCGCGAUCCAGAUCUCGAACAAACCUCAAUGUAGACCUCUCAGUUACCAGAGAGAUCUCCUUCGAUGACACACUGGCAGAUUCCCCGGCAACCAAUCGCAGCGCUCCAAAAUCCUCCAAUCAAAAUGGUGCUAGGAGAGGCAGUAACAAUGACAUUGAUGAUGAAACCGAGGCAGAGAAGUUGUUGGCACGGUUACGAGCAUUGUGAUAGAGUGCUUUUGUAUAAGGACAGUUGUUGAUAAUUGUUCAUAGUGUUUCUGGCCUGGGUAUUUUUGUCUUAGUCAGAUUUUAAAGCCCACAAAGUUCUCAAUGUGUUCAUCUCAGGCUAACUGGUAUUGUAGUCUUAAAUAUUAAAGUGAGUUGUCACUUCUUAAAAUAUAGACAAACAAAUAAAACAAACAAGCUUUAGGAUUUUAAAAAUUUCAAGAUGUUUUGUAACUGCGUUUUAUCAUUUUGGUUUACAAAAGCAUUUGUUUCAGUCAGUUUUGCUGUAGCUAUGUAAUAUAUCAAGUUAAUUCUGUCUUUAAUGCACAUCAUACGUUGAACUGUAUCUGGUAAAUGAAAUAAAUCUGUUUUGACUUUUAAUACAAUUAAAGAAAACAAUAUAGGCAUGUAGGAGAUUAUGUUUAAGGUUGCAUUCACCUAUGCUCAAUAUACUCUCAAUGUAUUCUCGAUGUACUCUUAUGUGUUGCCAUAGAUCCCUGUCUUACUUAUCAUAUGAGCUUCAUUCUGGGAACACCGGGCUUCAUUAAUGUGUCUCAAGUGCCCCCAGACUAGCCUGUGCAGUCCACACCGGGCUUCAUUAAUGUGUCUGAAGUGCCCCCCAGACUAGCCUGUGUAGUCCACACCGGGCUUCAUUAAUGUGUCUCAAGUGCCCCCAGACUAGCCUUUGCAGUCCACACCGGGCUUCAUUAAUGUGUCUGAAGUGCCCCCCAGACUAGCCUGUGUAGUCCACACCGGGCUUCAUUAAUGUGUCUCAAGUGCCCCUCAGACUAGCCCGUGCAGUCCACACCGGGCUUCAUUAAUGUGUCUCAAGUGCCCCCAGACUAGCCUGUGUAGUCCACAACGGGCUUCAUUAAUGUGUCUCAAGUGCCCCCAGACUAGCCUGUGUAGUCCACACCGGGCUUCAUUAAUGUGUCUGAAGUGCCCCCCAGACUAGCCUGUGUAGUCCACACCGGGCUUCAUUAAUGUGUCUCAAGUGCCCCCCAGACUAGCCUGUGCAGUCCACACCGGGCUUCAUUAAUGUGUCUGAAGUGCCCCCCAGACUAGCCUGUGUAGUCCACACCGGGCUUCAUUAAUGUGUCUCAAGUGCCCCUCAGACUAGCCCGUGCAGUCCACACCGGGCUUCAUUAAUGUGUCUGAAGUGCCCCCCAGACUAGCCCGUGCAGUCCACACCGGGCUUCAUUAAUGUGUCUCAAGUGCCCCCCAGACUAGCCUGUGCAGUCCACACCGGGCUUCAUUAAUGUGUCUCAAGUGCCCCCCAGACUAGCCUGUGUAGUCCACACCGGGCUUCAUUAAUGUGUCUCAAGUGCCCCCAGACUAGCCUGUGCAGUCCACACCGGGCUUCAUUAAUGUGUCUCAAGUGCCCCUCAGACUAGCCCGUGCAGUCCACACCGGGCUUCAUUAAUGUGUCUCAAGUGCCCCCCAGACUAGCCUGUGUAGUCCACACCGGGCUUCAUUAAUGUGUCUCAAGUGCCCCCCAGACUAGCCUUUGCAGUCCACACCGGGCUUCAUUAAUGUGUCUCAAGUGCCCCUCAGACUAGCCCGUGCAGUCCACACCGGGCUUCAUUAAUGUGUCUCAAGUGCCCCCCAGACUAGCCUGUGUAGUCCACACCGGGCUUCAUUAAUGUGUCUCAAGUGCCCCCCAGACUAGCCUGUGUAGUCCACACCGGGCUUCAUUAAUGUGUCUCAAGUGCCCCCCAGACUAGCCCGUGCAGUCCACACUAUGCUUCAUUAAUGUGUCUCAAGUGCCCCCAGACUAGCCCGUGCAGUCCACACUGGCUAACCAGGAGGACACUUCGCUUUUAUGAAAUUUCUUGUUUAUAAGAAGUUUCUUCUAAACUAAAAUCCAGUUAAGACAGAAACUUUUGUCCUGAUUAGCCUGUGAUAACUGCACAGGCUAGUCUGGGACAGCUCUUUAAGCACAUGCAUUAAGCUCAGUUUUCCCAGAACUAGACUCAUAUGGACCUUUCUGGCUUGUCAUUUAUUAACAUCUGACUACUAAAUUAUCUUUAGAGUCUUAUAUUCAAUUAAGGGACAGUUGUGUGUACUGCCACCAUAGUAAAUGAUAUUGAAGUUUUUUUUAUUGGUUUCUGUAGAUAAUUGAUUUUAAUUCAUGAGUGAUUAAAGAAAAAAAUAUGCAGCCACAUGUGAAAAUAUUUAUUUUCUAUGAUCAUGAGUGAUUAAAAAGUAUUAAUCCACUAAAAACAACAUUUUUUUAUAUUUAAUUCUUUUUCCACCGUUGAGGUAGAUACGACCUUAAAGGGAUCUUUUCACGCUUUGGUAAAUUGACAAAAUUGAAAAAAGUUGUUUCCGAUUCGCAAAUUUUCGUUUUAGUUAUGAUAUUUGUGAGGAAACAGUAAUACUGAACAUUUGCCAUUGUCUAAUAUAGCCAUUAUAUGCAUCUUUUGACGAUUUUAAAACCUAAAAAUUAUAAAGCGUUGCAACGCGAAACGAUUGAAUAAUUUGGAGAGUUCUGUUUUUGUCGUUAAAUUUUGUGAAACUACGAAGAUUGCUUAUAUAAGGUAUAAAAUACUUCAAGUAUAUGUACUCGGCGGAAUAGCUCAGUAGGCUAAAGCGUUUUUACUUCAGGACUCUGGCAGGACUCCAGGGGUCACUGGUUUGAAACCUGGUCCGGGCAAUGUUCUUUUCCUUUUUUUAAUUUUAUUCUUGAUUUUUUACUGGAGCUUUUACGAUCCAAUGUUUACAUUUAUCGAUAUAAAGCAUUUAAUGAAUAAGUUAAAAAAUGCCAAAAUCUGUGAAAAGGCCCCUUUAACUUGUGAAUUUACAAUCUUAUACAUGACGUCAAAAAAUGAGGACGUCAUCUCUUGGAUACUUUUCUCUGUUAUUUGUUUCACUGUUUGAAGCAGUGCAUUUUUUUAAUCACUGACUUUUCCCUGUAAACGUUAGAAAACAUUAAAUACAAUUUCAUUUUCAUUGGAUAACCAUUAUUUUGCCAUUCCAUUUAUCAAGAAACUAAAUAUUGAGAAUUAAUAUUCAUUCCAGUUAAAUAAUUAUAUUUUUUUUACAUUUAUACAAGAAUGAUUUUUUUAUAGUUGUAGGUGUUGUUUUGUGUUGUAUCCUCUUUGAAGAUAAUAUUGUUGGUGUAGUAAUGGUAUUAUAGAGCCCGUGUUUGAUAGCCUCCUUCUGCUGUUACUGGAGGGGACUAUAUGUGUCGUGUUCUGAGAAAACUGGGCUUAAUUCAUGUGCGUAAAGUGUCAUCCCAUAUUAGCCUGUGCAGUCCGCACAGGCUAAUCAGGGACGACACUUUCCACUUUAAUGGUAUUUUUAGUUUCAAGGAAGUCCCUCCUUAUCGAAAAUCAAGUUUAGGCGGAAAGGGACGACACUUUACACACAUGUAUUAUGACCAGCUUUCACAGAACAAGACACAUAUGGUUACCCCAGGUCAUAUGUCUGUAUGUGUUCCUCUGUCCUUGUAUCUUGCAGCAACUCAAAAAGUACUUAAGCUAGGAGGAUGAAACUGGGGAUGCAGAUAGAGAGCCAAAUGUUGGGAAUAUUCAAUAAGCAUGUGAUUUCAUAAGGAAAUUGUGGUUGAUAUGGUUAGUGAAUUAAUUGAAAACUAAAAUCUGGAGCAUGUGAUAACUCAAAAAGUACACAAGCUUUGUUGAUUAAACUUGAUAUAUUCAUCACGAAGCAAUCUGUAUCCAGCCAGUAAAAGUACUUAUGGAGUUCCUGUUCUUACUACAUUAAAAACUGAUAUUUUAUCAAUAGCAAAACUCUUGUUGCUUCCGAUUGUUAAUCAAUGUUUGAUUUGGGUUCCUUGGUUGUAUACUGUCACUGUUGAUCAGCAUGCAUGGAAACAACUUUAACACAUCACCAGAAUAGUUUAAAAGGGCCACACAGUUAGUUUGCUGUUGUAAUAUCUUCUAAAGUAAGGACUUCUACAUAUCAUUGCAAAAGUUUUUUUCCUCUGUGUUAUGGAAACUAUUAUUGAGCCUCGUUUUGGGAACAUAGGGCUUAAAGCAUUUGUGUGUGAAAUGUCAUCCCAGAUAUGCAUCUGCUGUCGGCACAGGCUUAUCUGGGGCGACACUUUCCUCCUAGACCUGAUUUGUUUUGUUUUUAUAAAGCAAAAAUACAAAAAAAAACACAGAAAGCGUAAUUGGUGAUAAUACUGUGUGGGACAACUUGGGACAACACUGUACACACAUGUUGUGUAGACUGCACAGUCUAACUUGGGACAACACUGUACACACAUGUUGUGUGGACUGCACAGGCUAACCUGGGCCAACACUGUACACACAUGUUGUGUGGACUGCACAUGCUAACCUGGGACAACACUGUACACACAUGUUGUGUAGACUGCACAGUCUAACCCGGGACAACACUGUACACACAUGUUGUGUAGACUGCACAGUCUAACCUGGGACAACACUGUACACACAUGCAUUUAGCCCAGGCUCAAUUAAACGAUCGAUAGAUUGCUCCCAAAUGCUUUCAUGAUUUAUAAUUAUUUUUGUAUGAUGUUACUUUUCAACACUAUUGUUGAUACAUGUAAAGUAAAUUUAAUUGUAAAAACACAUGUAAUAGCUGUAUAUAUUAUGCACUUGUAUAUACCACAUAUGCAGGCAUUUUAAUAUUAAUUUUAAUAGAUGGCAUUAUAAAGUCAUUAAUUGCAUUUAAUGCAGUACAAUGGAAAUAAAGCUUUAAAAACAAA